UAAUGGGCCGAAAUGAACCACGCUCUCCACUCCAAAUUCCCAUAUAUUAUCGUUGUUCACAGUCCAUAGUUUUUUCUUGAGGACUAGGGUUUUGGUGCAGCUCCUCGUCCUAAACUUUCGAAGCCCUCGCCGAAGCCGCUCUCUCUGCAAACAUGGGGAAGACAAGGGGUAUGGGAGCUGGGCGCAAGCUGAAGUCCCACCGAAGAAGGCAAAGGUGGGCUGACAAGGCCUAUAAGAAGUCUCACCUUGGCAAUGAAUGGAAGAAGCCAUUUGCCGGGUCUUCUCAUGCUAAAGGCAUUGUGUUGGAAAAGAUAGGUAUCGAGGCUAAGCAGCCAAAUUCUGCCAUUAGAAAAUGUGCCAGGGUUCAACUCAUCAAAAAUGGAAAGAAGAUUGCUGCAUUCGUGCCCAAUGAUGGAUGUUUGAAUUACAUUGAAGAAAAUGACGAAGUGUUGAUUGCUGGAUUCGGUCGUAAGGGACAUGCGGUCGGAGAUAUUCCUGGUGUUCGAUUCAAGGUCGUGAAGGUGUCUGGUGUAUCUCUUCUUGCUCUUUUCAAGGAGAAGAAGGAGAAGCCAAGGUCUUAAGUUUGCUUGGCAGAGCUCAUCGUCUUCUUACAGUUUUCUAUCCAUAAUUUUAGAGUAUUUUUCAGAUCUUGAUUAUUGGUUGUUUUGGACUAUAAUGUAGUUAUUGCGCCCUUCCUUGCAGUCUGAUUUUUGACAUCGUUUGACUGAAUUCCUUUCAUUUUGCUCUGAAAACUUUUGUUUAUUAAGAUAUCAACCGCCAUGGCCAUCUUUGAAUGAGUUCAUUCUGCAUUGUCAGGCUAAUUAUAAUUAGCAUAUUUCUC